AUGACAGACAUCAAGUACAGGUUCAAGAAUGGAAAACAGCUAGGUAGAUCUCCUACUGAGCGCUCUGAGGAAAUAAUGAAUACCCCAAUUAAAUCAAGGUUAAGAAAAAGAAAUGAGACUAGUGAGAAUUCAGAGCAUAAAGAAAAAAGAUUAUCUACUCAUUAAAGAGACGAAAUACGAAGAGUAGCUAUAGAAAAUGAAAGACUCAUUUAAAACAUCUUAAACACAAAAUCUAAACUUAAUAAAUCUUAAAUCGAGCAUGAAUGGUGGAAUAAGGUGCAGGGAUAUUCUAAUCAACUCAAGAAAAACCAUUUCUAGAUAAAGUAUCAGCCCAAUUUAAAUCGAACUCUAAAUGACUUUGAAAACACUGCCAACCAUAAUUCAACAACUACAAAAUCAAGUGGGUCGUAUAAAUACUAAAUUCCUCUUCAAACUGUAAUUGAAUAAGCUCCCAAAUCAAACAAAGGAAAUAUGCCGAAAUUCAAUAAGUUUGCAGUGUACACUCAAAAGAGGGGAUCAAUGCAUAGUAAAACAGUCUUGGAUCAUUCUAACAUUCUUCCAGUUUUGAAAAGCAAUAGGAUUGCGGAUAACUAAUAAGUUGUUCAUACAGUUAAUUGA